AAAGUGGAGUCGCCUGCCCUGCCGCCGCUGCCGCCGUCGCUGUCGUAGCCGCCGCCGCCGCCGCCGCCCGCUGGAGAAAGAGCAAGAGUGGGGAAGCCCCUGAGUGAAAUCCACCAUCCCGCCGCCUGGUCUGCCCGCCCCUCCUUCCUUCUCCCCCGACCCCUGCCCCCUCCCCCCACAGGUGCCAUCCGCCGCCAUCCGCCCUCUCUACCCCCCCAUCCCCAGGUGAGGGGGGUGAGUUCAGGAAGCGGAGACCCCGAGGAACCCAGCAGGGUCACCAUUUGCAGCGCAACAUGGCAGGAGCUGGAGGAGGGAAUGAUAUUCAGUGGUGUUUUUCUCAGGUGAAAGGAGCAGUAGACGAUGAUGUAGCAGAAGCAGAUAUAAUUUCUACAGUAGAAUUUAAUCAUUCUGGAGAGUUACUAGCAACCGGAGAUAAAGGUGGUAGAGUUGUCAUCUUUCAGCAGGAGCAGGAGAACAAAAUCCAGUCUCAUAGCAGAGGAGAAUAUAAUGUUUACAGCACCUUUCAGAGCCAUGAACCAGAGUUUGACUACUUGAAAAGUUUAGAAAUAGAAGAAAAGAUCAACAAAAUUAGGUGGUUACCCCAGAAAAAUGCUGCUCAGUUUUUAUUGUCUACCAAUGAUAAAACAAUAAAGUUAUGGAAAAUCAGUGAAAGGGACAAAAGACCGGAAGGGUAUAACUUGAAAGAGGAAGAUGGAAGGUAUAGAGAUCCUACUACAGUCACUACACUACGUGUGCCAGUCUUUCGGCCCAUGGAUCUAAUGGUUGAGGCCAGUCCACGAAGAAUAUUUGCCAAUGCUCAUACAUAUCACAUCAACUCAAUUUCUAUUAAUAGUGAUUAUGAAACAUAUUUAUCUGCAGAUGAUUUGCGGAUUAAUCUUUGGCAUCUGGAAAUAACAGACAGGAGUUUUAAUAUUGUGGAUAUCAAGCCUGCCAAUAUGGAAGAGCUGACAGAGGUGAUUACAGCUGCAGAAUUCCAUCCCAACAGCUGUAACACAUUUGUAUACAGCAGCAGUAAAGGAACGAUUCGGUUAUGUGACAUGAGGGCAUCCGCCCUCUGUGAUAGGCAUUCUAAACUGUUUGAAGAACCUGAAGAUCCCAGUAACAGGUCUUUUUUUUCUGAAAUCAUCUCUUCAAUUUCUGAUGUAAAAUUCAGCCAUAGUGGUCGAUAUAUGAUGACUAGAGACUAUUUGUCAGUCAAAAUUUGGGACUUAAAUAUGGAAAACAGGCCUGUGGAAACAUACCAGGUGCAUGAAUACCUCAGAAGUAAACUUUGUUCACUGUAUGAAAAUGACUGCAUAUUUGACAAAUUUGAAUGUUGUUGGAAUGGAUCUGACAGUGUUGUCAUGACUGGAUCUUACAAUAAUUUCUUCAGAAUGUUUGACCGGAACACAAAGCGAGACAUAACCCUGGAAGCAUCACGAGAAAACAAUAAACCUCGCACGGUUCUGAAGCCACGCAAAGUGUGUGCAAGUGGCAAGCGAAAGAAAGAUGAAAUCAGUGUUGACAGCCUAGACUUCAACAAGAAAAUACUUCACACAGCCUGGCACCCCAAGGAAAAUAUCAUUGCUGUAGCUACUACAAACAAUCUGUAUAUAUUUCAAGACAAAGUGAAUUAGGGUUGGCCUUCCUAGCAGAAGAACCCACUUCCUGCUUAGUUGAGAUAGUUGAAUCUAGCAUUCGUACUUAAAAAAGAGAGAGGUCCAUUGUGGCGCCCCUUUUCCAGUGUUUGACAAUGUGCCAUUCGACAACACAUUUUCCAUAGCUACAUGGAGAAAGCUCUGUGGAUCCCUCCCUGUGGUGUUCUCCAUGUCUGCUAGCCAUUUAGGUAAGGGUAGGGCACUUUUAAUUUAAAUGACUUCUUGCACCAUCUUGCCUAAUGGACUAGAUUGGACUGUGUCAACAUUGAUUUACUCCACUUUUUAUGCCUUCCAUUGUGAUGACGUCAAACACAGUGAAAGCCUUCAGUCAUGCUUAUGGGAUUUAAUUGUGUAUCCUCAUUACUGUAUCAUUUGUGGGGUACACCCCUCCUCCCCUUUUUUAAAUUAAAUACAGCUCAUUCUUACUGUGGCUUGUAGCAUUCCUCCUCUCUGGCCUCCUGGACUCUUCCCUUUCAUCUCUCUUCCCCUUGCCCCUCCACCCAGUCUUGGUGGUGGUAUAAAAAGGAAAGAACGAAAGCACACAAACGAGUCAGUUUGGGGUCAGUGGUAAAGGGGGUACAUGUUGCGAACAAAUGUUUUAAUAACAGUUGGCUGUAAUCACUCCUUGCCGUGUCUGGCACUGAAAAUAAGGAAAAAAAAUACUACUACUGAAUAAAAGUGACAAAGAAUGGAGAAUCUGGUUUCCUUUUUCUUUUUAAUCUACCUCUUUAAGCCAAUAUUUUGUGUCAUACCUUUGGGCGCAGUGAAAUGAAAUGAGGUUCCAUUGUUUAAUUGGUAUUUUUGUUAAUUAUUUUUUAAAAGUGUUCUUUUACAUGGAGAAGGAGAGGUAUUGGUUCUGUAUGAACAUAUUUUCACUAUAUAUUGGUAUUCCUAAAGAUAUCACGAUCUAUAUACAUGCUACUAGAGAUUUUUUUU